AAUAUCAAAAAGUUCUAAAGAAGAUUAAAAAGCAAAAAGAAAAAGAAGAAAAAGAAAAAAUUCAAAUAGAAAUCAGUGAAUUAGAAAAAGAAAUAGAAGAAAAAAUCAAAAGAAAAAAUAAAUUGGAGACAAGAUUAGGGAUGAUCACUAUAAAAGAACAUAAAAAAGAAAGUCAUAUUUUACAAAGAUUAGGAGAAGAAGGACACUACUUCCAAGACUGUCCAGACAUAGAAUGUGAACUUUGCAGAAAUAAAGGACACAUUAAAAGAUUUUGUCCAGGAAGGAAUUGUGGAAUUUGUAAUGGAAAAGGACAUUUGGAAAGAGAUUGUAAGAACCAAGGAAUAAUUAAUGAAUUAGGAAGAGAAUAUUCAUUUGGAAAAAAUUACGAAAAUAACAGAUAUCAACAAGAAGAAUUAGACUGA